AUGAAGCUUGUCAAAAAAUCACAUUCUGGACAUAUCAGACACAACCCGGGCUCACCACUAAUGCUCUUAACAAACAACGUAAGAACUAAUAUCAUUGAAUCGUUCAAGGGUCCUGAGUUCGAUGAAAGAGAACUUGAAAAUGUAAUGAAAUUUGUGAAGAAUAUGAAAACAUCAAAUCGAGGACUAAAAACAGCUCUGAAUCAAUUGAAGUUAAUUACAAAGAAAGAUAGGGAUACCACUACUUCCACUUCAAUUUUAAAGUUUAUAUUGAAAAAGCAUAUUGAAGAAGCUCACCUUUUUGAGAGCCCCUUGAUCAAUUCGUUUUCUGAAUGUGACUACGUGGUUAAGUUUUGGGGACCCUUAGUAGAAAAAGCCUUUAAAAACACCUCUAUCAUUCCUCAUUGUUAA